AUGAAGGUCUCUACCAUGCUCGUGUUUCCUGUCCUAGCUCUUGGAGCUGCUACGCCCAAGCUUCCGGUUUCUUCUAUCGAUCCUGCCUGUCUUGAGAGUAUCACCAGUGUCGCCGACUGCAUCAAGAGCCUCAAACCCACCGGUGCCGCUGCUCUUACCGAUGUCGCAGUCUGUCUCGCCGAACUUGUGGCUGGGGUCCAAAAGUGUAUCCCGGGUGUCACUGGCGGUUUGCCUUCUGGUCUUCCAACUGCCCUCCCCACUGGACUGCCUGUUCCCCUGCCCACUCCCCUUCCCGGUGGCCUUCCUGGAGCUGGUAUCCCUGGAAUUCAUGGGCUUCCUUGA